AUGGUCAUCAAUAUCUUCAUUAUUUUGCUUCUUCUUCCUUUGGCUGUUUCAGCUGAUCAAGAUGCCUUCAUCGGAGUAAACAUAGGCACCGCCCUCUCCGACAUGCCAAACCCAACCCAAGUCGUAGUCCUUCUCAAAUCUCAACAAAUCCGCCAUGUCCGCCUCUACGACGCCGAUCAGGCCAUGCUCCUAGCCCUCUCCGGCAGCGGAAUCCAAGUCACAGUCACCGUUCCCAACCAACAACUCCUCGCCAUCGCUCAAUCCAACGCCACCGCCGCCAAUUGGGUAUCCCGUAACAUCCUCCCACACAUCACCACCACCAACAUCACCGCCAUUUCAGUCGGAAACGAAGUCCUCACCACCACCCCAAACACCGCAUCCAUCCUAGUCUCCGCCCUAAAAUAUAUCCACUCCGCCCUAAUCGCCGCCGGUCUAGACUCCCAAAUCAAAGUCUCCACCGUCCAUUCCUCCUCCAUCAUUCUCGAUUCCUUCCCUCCGUCGCAAGCCUUCUUUAAUCGGACAUGGGAACCUGUAAUGACUUCAUUGCUAGAAUUCCUCCAAUCUACCGACUCAUACCUCAUGCUUAACGUCUACCCUUACCACGAUUUCAUCCAAUCCAACGGCGCAAUUCCGUUGGACUACGCCCUAUUCCGCCCUCUCACGCCGGAAAAAGAAGCCAUCGAUUCCAACACCCUUUUACACUACACAAACGUCUUCGACGCUGUGGUGGAUGCAGCUUAUUUCGCGAUGUUGUAUCUAAACUACACAAACAUUCCGAUCGUUGUAACGGAAUCCGGUUGGCCAUCAAAAGGUGAUUCCAACGAACCAGACGCCACCCUCGAUAACGCGAAUACCUACAACAGUAACUUGAUCAAACAUGUUUUAAACACCACCGGAACUCCUAAACACCCCGGAGUAGCCACCAGUACGUACAUCUACGAGCUUUAUAACGAAGAUUUGAAACCGGGAUCGGUGUCGGAAAAAAACUGGGGGCUUUUUGAUUCAAACGGGAAACCGGUUUAUGUGCUUCAUUUGAUUGAUUCUGGGUCUGUGUUAGCGAAUGACACCACCGACGAGACUUAUUGUGUGGCUAAGAAAGACGCCGACAAGAAGAUGUUGCAGGCGGCGUUGGACUGGGCUUGUGGGCCGGGGAAGGUGAAUUGCUCGGUGAUGUUGCAGGGUGAACCGUGUUAUGAGCCGGAUACGGUGGUGGCACAUGCGACUUACGCUUUUGAUUCUUAUUAUCACCGGAUGGGCAUGGCCGACGGAACCUGCAACUUCAAUGGCGUCGCUACCGUUACUACAACUAAUCCAAGUCGCGAUGGGUGUACGUUUCCGGGGAGUGGUGGGAGUAUUAAUGGAAGCUUCAUCAAUGGAACAUCUGUGGCUCCGUCUACGAAUUCCACCACAUCGGUCGGGUUUUCAGUGUUGGGUUCUGUUUCUUUCGUUCGAGUUUUUGUUGCAUGUCUCUGGACGAUGGCAUUCUUGUAAAUUAUACGCUUGUAGUUUGUAGAGACAAGUGAAGCCAUGCAAAAAAUGUACUUGCUUUUGAUGGUAUUCGAUUCUUGCUAACGUUUUACUAGAUUAGAUAGUGUACUUGCUUUUGAAAUUGGUGGGACUUGUAUUGUUGUGAGAGAUAUAUUGAUAUAAGAGGUGAAUUCAUUUUUGUAAGAAAAUAGUGUGCUUGAAAACUGUUUUAAAUUGGG